AUGCCUGCGGAACCACCAUCAAAGGCGAAUCUCGACGCCGUCAGCAAUCAAGGCGAAUUCCACGCUAGAGUUCCUCCUUCGAAGCCGAUGAUGAGUGGCGGUCAUGCUGAGGGCGUGAAAGUCGGCAACGACGCAGUCCCCGGGUUCUCCGCCGAGACUCUUCGUGCAGGAACAGCACCGCAAGACCGUUCAUUCGCGGCUAACGCACAGUCAGACGUGCCGGCCCAGGAGAUAGAUGCCGAUGAGGCACGGAAGGCCUUCCAAUCCGCGGACGUCGUCAGUGGCCGGACCGCUAAAUCUGAUGUGCGGAAUGAGUUGGGUGUAGGUGUUGCUGAUAGUAAUCCGAUUCCUGGUGCUACCAGCAAGGAUGUGCAUCAGGGUCUCGGGCACCCGGGGAGUGGGCAGUCGAGUAAAGAGUUGCAUGGUGAUGGGGCGUAUCCGGGGAAGAGGGAUAGACAUGGUUUGGCUGGUGUUGGGGGUGAUCGGGCGGAUAGUAUUAAGGAGAGGGGUUUGGAUAGUGACCAUCAGAAGGGACUUAAUACAGACAGGUAUUAA